UCCCUCAGACCCGGAACGAGUUCGACGUGUGUGUGCACGCAUGGCAAAGUGUGUUUCCGGUAUAACGUGUGUGUUGAUCGUCGCUCAGCCUCUUUUCUUUCCUCCCCCUCUUUGGCUUUCAGUAGAAGAGUCCCAGCUCCCUAACCUGGUCACCCCCUUUUUUAACGGCGUCGUAUCUCAAAACCAGUGGACAUGGCAUCUGUUUCGGCACCGAGUCAGGCUGCCCCUUCUCCGGCUGCUUCUCUGCAAAGAGGAAUUGUGAAAAUGGUCUUGUCGGGCUGCGCCAUCAUUGUUCGGGGCCAGCCGCGAGGCGGCCCGCCCCCGGAGCGCCAGAUCAACCUCAGUAACAUCCGAGCCGGGGCCAUGGCCCGCCGAGCCGCCCAGGGCCAGCCCGACACCAAGGACACCCCCGAUGAGCCCUGGGCCUUCCAAGCCAGAGAGUUCCUGCGGAAGAAGCUAAUCGGCAAAGAAGUGUGCUUCACCGUGGAAAUCAAGACGGCUUUGGGCAGGGAGUACGGCAUGGUCUACCUGGGGAGAGACACAACGGGCGAGAACCUUGCUGACGCGUUGGUGACGGAGGGCCUGGCCACAGUCCGCAGAGAAGGAAUCAGGGGGAACAAUCCAGACCAGGCCAGACUCUGUGAUUUGGAGGACCAGUCUAAAGCCUCCAAGAAGGGCAUGUGGAGCGAAGGCGGCGGCGCGCACACCAUCCGCGACCUCAAGUACACCAUAGAGAAUCCCCGCAACUUCGUCGACUCCUUGCACCAGAAACCCAUCAACGCCAUCAUCGAGCACGUGCGAGACGGCAGCGUUGUUCGUGCCUUGCUGCUCCCCGACCACUACCUGGUCACUGUCAUGCUCUCCGGAGUCAAGUGCCCCACGUUCAAGCGGGAAGCCGACGGCACGGAGUCCCCGGAGCAGUUCGCGGCCGAGGCCAAAUUCUUCACCGAGUCCCGUCUGCUGCAGAGGGACGUUCAGAUCAUCCUGGAGAGCUGCCCCAACCAGAUCAUCCUGGGCACCAUCCUCCACCCGAACGGCAACAUCACGGAGCUCCUGCUGAAGGAAGGCUUCGCCCGCUGCGUGGACUGGUCCAUGGCCGUCUACACCCAGGGGGCGGAGAAGCUCCGAGCCGCCGAACGAUCCGCCAAAGAGCGAAAGAUCCGCAUCUGGAAGGACUACGUCGCACCCACAGCCAACUUGGACCUGAAGGACAGGCAAUUCGUAGCCAAGGUGAUGCAGGUGGUCAACGCCGACGCCGUGGUGGGGAAGCUCAACUCCGGAGAGCUGAAGACCAUCCACCUGUCCAGCAUCCGGCCCCCUAGGAUCGAGGGAGAGGAGAAGAACAAGGACAAAGACAAGCGCUUCCGUCCGCUCUACGACAUCCCCUACAUGUUCGAGGCCCGCGAGUUCCUGAGGAAGAAGCUCAUUGGUAAAAAGGUCAACGUGACGGUUGACUACAUCAGAGCAGCGACUGGUCCAGGAGAAAGCACCCCGGCCUUCUCAGAACGCACCUGUGCCACCGUCACUAUCGGCGGCAUUAACAUCGCGGAGGCUCUGGUCAGCAAGGGCCUGGCCACGGUCAUCAGAUACAGACAAGAUGACGACCAACGCUCCUCCCACUACGACGAGCUGCUUGCCGCAGAGGCUCGGGCCAUCAAGAACGGGAAAGGGCUGCACAGCAAGAAGGAGGUCCCCAUCCACAGGGUGGCUGAUAUCUCUGGGGACACGCAGAAAGCCAAGCAGUUCCUGCCCUUCCUGCAGAGGGCGGGCCGGUCGGAGGCUGUGGUAGAAUACGUCUUCAGCGGCUCCCGCCUCAAGCUCUACAUGCCCAAAGAAACCUGCCUCAUCACCUUCCUCCUCGCCGGCAUCGAGUGUCCGCGCAGUUCCAGGAACCUGCCCGGAGGGAUGCAGGUGGCGGAGCCCUUCAGUGACGAGGCCAUGCAGUUCACCAAAGAGCUGGUGCUGCAGAGGGAGACUGUCUGA